AUGUCUCACCCAUCUUGGCUGCCACCAAAAAGCACUGCUGAGCCUCUUGGCCACGUGUCUGCACGGAUGGAGACCACCCAUUCCUUUGGGACCCCCAGCAUUUCAGUGUCCACACAGCAACCACCCAAGAAAUUUGCCCCAGUUGUUGCUCCAAAGCCCAAGUACAACCCAUACAAGCAACCUGGUGGUGAAGGUGAUUUUCUUCCACCCCCACCUCCACCUCUCGAUGAUUCCAGUGCUAUUCCAUCAGGCUCUGGAAACUUCCCUCCUCCCCCUCCCCUUGAUGAUGGUGCUUUCAGGGGACAGGGAAAUCCUGGAGGCAAGACCCUUGAGGAGAGACGCUCCAGCCUGGAUGCUGAGAUUGACUCUCUGACUAGCAUCUUGGCUGACCUGGAGUGCAGUUCCCCCUACAAGCCUCGGCCCCCGCAGGGUACUACUAGUUCAACAGCUUCUCCUCCAGUCUCCACCCCUGUCACAGGACAUAAAAGAAUGGUCAUACCAAACCAACCUCCUCUGACAGCAACUAAGAAGUCUACACUGAAGCCACAGCCUGCACCCCAGGCUGGACCAAUCCCUGUGGCUCCAAUUGGAACACUAAAACCCCAGCCUCAGCCUGUCCCAGCUUCUUACACUACAGCAUCCACCCCUUCACGACCUACCUUCAAUGUGCAGGUGAAGUCAGCCCAGCCCAGCUCUCACUACCUGGCUGCUCCUUCACCAGGACAAUUUUAUGGUUCAGGGCCAGGGGCCCAAGGUUAUAAUACUCAACCAGUUCCUAUCUCCGGGCAAGGUCCCCCUCCUUCUACACGGGGAGGCAUGGAUUAUGCGUAUGUUCCACCACCAGGACUUCAGCCUGAACCUGGGUAUGGGUAUGCUCCCAACCAAGGACGCUAUUAUGAACCCUAUUGCCCAGUGGGGCCUGGCUACGGGGGCAAAAAUGACUCUGAUCCUUCCUAUGGUCAACAAGGCCAUCCAAAUACCUGGAAGCGGGACCAAGGGUAUACUCCUUCUGGCCCUGGGACCCAGAACCCUGCUGGGAUGUAUCCAGUUGCUGGUCCCAAGAAGACCUACAUCACAGAUCCUGUUCCAGCCCCCUGUGUACCACCACUGCAACCAAAGGGUGGACAAACAGGGUCCAUGGGACCUCCAGCGGCACCUUCCUCAUUCCGCCCUGAAGAUGAGCUCGAGCACCUGACCAAGAAGAUGCUGUAUGACAUGGAAAAUCCACCCGCUGAUGAAUACUUUGGCCGCUGUGCUCGCUGUGGGGAAAACGUAGUUGGGGAAGGGACAGGAUGCACUGCUAUGGAUCAGGUCUUCCACGUGGAUUGUUUUACCUGCAUCAUCUGUAACAACAAGCUCCGAGGGCAGCCCUUCUACGCGGUGGAGAAGAAAGCCUACUGCGAGCCCUGCUACAUCAACACCCUGGAGCAAUGCAGCGUUUGCUCCAAGCCCAUCAUGGAGCGGAUUCUCCGAGCCACAGGGAAGGCCUAUCAUCCUCACUGCUUUACCUGUGUGAUGUGCCACCGCAGCCUGGAUGGGAUCCCAUUCACCGUGGACGCUGGUGGCCUCAUCCACUGCAUUGAGGACUUCCACAAGAAAUUUGCUCCCCGCUGUUCUGUGUGCAAGGAGCCUAUCAUGCCUGCCCCUGGCCAGGAGGAGACUGUCCGGAUUGUGGCUCUGGAUCGUGAUUUCCAUGUUCACUGCUACCGGUGUGAGGAUUGUGGUGGUCUCCUGUCUGAAGGAGAUAACCAAGGCUGCUACCCGCUAGAUGGACACAUCCUCUGCAAGACCUGCAAUUCUGCCCGCAUCAGGGUGUUGACCGCCAAGGCCAGCACUGACCUUUAA